CUGACCUAGACAUCGCCAGUACGUAGUUCUCGACCGUUAGUUUCAAUGGAGCGCACGUUUGCCAUUAUCCAUGGGAAUCACCUGACAUCCAUAAGAAGACGGCAGCUGCCUCUCACACCAUCAUACUCGUUCACGGACUACUGGUCACAAGGUCAGACCAUCAAUAACGCCAUUACAGACAUUGCGACACCACCUACCACGGGACUUCUUCCAUUCAAUAUCUAUGUCCCACUAUCGCGAGCUCGUGGCCGAGACGGAAUUCGGUUGUUGUGAGAUUUUUGACGAGAACUUGCUGGUGACACAUUCGUCAGAACAUUUGAGAAUUGAAGAUGAAAGGUUGGCACUUGCGCACAUGGUG